CGCGGACGCAUGCUAUGUCGACGAGCGCUGGCUCGACCGUCGCUUCUACUGCACGCCAGAGGCCAGUGCAAUCUCGACAUGGCCGGACAGGCGAUACGACCUACGCCACUGUACCCACGCGCAGCGUCCCAACUUCGACGCUGGCAUGACCAGGCUCGCAGGCCAUGCUAUUCGCUGAGCAUGGCAGCGCGGCCAUGCCAGGCCAAUCGUGUGUCAAGUUCGGUCCGCCGAUCGAACCUUUCGAAGAAAUAUGAAGCGCAAGCGAGCCGAGCGCUGGCUCCACCACGUCAUCGUCAAUCUUGUUGCGCCAUGGCCAUAGCUCCUCUUGCGCCGCGUGGCCAUGCCAGCGCGGACCGCGCUCGCGUCGGAGCGGUCGCGCGUCCUUGCAAGAUCUGGCGGGCCGUUCCAUGCCAGCCGGGUACAAAAAGACAGUGGUUCGAUAUCCGGCCGUUCGAAAAACAGGCCAUUUCGGCGCAGCCACAAACCAAGAUUUCGACAUGCGCGGAGCGAUCGUCUACGUGGCGCUGGCGCUGCUCAUGGCGUCGAUCAGCGCCGUCCAGUUCGACGUCAAGCGGCGCGCGGAGAAGUGCCUCAGCGACGAGGUGGCCGCGGGCUCGCUCGUCGUCGUGCACUACAACAUCCUCGGCAACGUCAAGGGCCGGACCGGCGUCUCGCUCUUGAUCAAGGACCCGAUGGGCAAGUACCUCAAGGAAGACUCGGACAUUGACUUGACGAGCGAGGACAUUCACAAGUACUCGUUCAACGCCGAGGCCGCGGGCACGUACUCGACGUGCUUCUUCAACUCGAACGACUUUGUGACACGCGUCUCGCUCGAUUUCAAGCACGGCGUCGAGGCAAAAGACUACUCGGACAUUGCCAAGCGCGAGCAUUUGAUGCCGGUCGAGAAGGAGCUGCGCAAGAUGGAAGACACGGUCGACGAGAUCCACCGCGAGAUGCUCUACAUGCGCGAGCGCGAGGCCGCGAUGCGCAACACGAACGAGUCGACCAACUCGCGCGUGCUCUGGUUUAGCUCCUUCUCCAUCUUUGUGCUCCUCGCCAUGGGCCUCUGGCAGGUCAUGUACCUCAAGAAGUUUUUCAAGUCCAAGAAGCUCAUCUAGAUAAGACAAUCACGAAUGUAGCGUCAUAUGACCACGUCC